GCAUAGGACAGAACGAGGAAGUCCCUUUAAGAACCUGUAGGGGCAGCAGUACGCCUGACAUGCUCUUGGAGUCUGCUGGAAAUAGAAAAAAGAAAAAGAACAAGGAAGUAAAAAAUAAGAUGGCGUUUUACGGAGAAGGCCUUGACGUGGGUAUUAUAGUUCUGUAUUUUAAUCAGUACAUACAUUUGCACAUAUAGGUUAUUUUAUAAAGUAAAUGUCGUUAGUAAUUGUUUGUAUUCGGAUACAUUAGUCUGAGCCCACUUUGAAGCUUGUAGUGCUAGCUAGCUAGCUUUAGCUUGUUAGCUUUAGCUUGUUAGCCUCUACUUGAUACCAAGCAGAGGUCAAAUGUGAGUGUAAAGUGUUUUGAUUGUGUGAAAAUGUGCGAAAUAACGAUAGCAGAGUAUAAGGACGAACUCUCUCCAACAAAAGAGGAGAACAAUCGACAACAUCAACAACUGGACGCUGUUUUCGAGAAACGAGUCGUGUUACUCAGAACAGACAUCCAGCAGCCCCCCCACAUUAAAGAGGAAGAGGAGGAACUGUGGAUCACUCAGGAGAGAGAGGGUCUUCUAGGGCAGGAGGAGGCUGAUCUCACCAAGUUUCCACUGACUGUUGUCUCUGUCAAAACUGAAGACCAUGAAGACAAACCACCUGAGUCCGUACAGCUUCAUCACAGUCCAAUAGUCCGCGAAGAACAUCUUUUCCCAAAGCUGCAGGAAGAGCUACAGCCCCCCCACAUGAAGGAGGAAGAGGAGGAGCACAGCAUCAGUCAGGAGGGAAGGCAGCUUGAAUGGCCUGAGGAGUUCCCGGUGAUUGGUGUGAUUGUGAAGAGAGAAGAUGAUGAGGUCAAAGGUGAAAGUGAGGAGAAGAGAGAGGCGGAGCUUCCAAGCAGCAGCUCAACUCAACACAUGACAACAGAAGCUGAUGGAGACCACUGUGGAGGAUCACAAGUCGACAAGAUCUUAGCUCCACUAUCAGAUAGUGACGACACAGCGUCACUCUCUCCUGACUCUGACGAUGAAGACCCUACAGCUGAUAAGACACGUCACACUGACAACGCACGCUUUACAUGCUCUCACUGUGACAAAACCUUUCCCAAGAAACAUCGACUGAAAAGACACGUGAAAUAUCACACAGAAGAAAAAACAUUUCUGUGCUCCGUGUGUAGUAAAAGAUUCUAUGAGAAAGCACACUUGGUAACGCACAUGAGGAUACACACCGGCGAGAAACCCUUUUCCUGUGCAAUCUGCGGUUUAUGUUUUACACGGAGCGGGAGUUUGAAAGUGCACGGGAGAACGCACUCUGGAGAAAAACCCUUUUCCUGUUCAACGUGUGGUUUGUGUUUCACACGGACUGACAGUCUGAAAGUGCACGCGAGGAUACACACUGGGGAGAAACCGUUCUCCUGUUCAGUGUGCGGAGCGACUUUUGUGCAGAAUCAGCAAUUGAAAAAACACAUGAGGAAACACACCGGAGAGAAACCUUUUUCCUGUUCAAUAUGUGGCUUAUGUUUUACACGGAGUGAAAGUUUGAAAACCCACGCGACAAUACACAUCGGAGAAAAACUGUUUUCUUGUUCAGUGUGUGGUACACAUUUUUUAAAAAAGCAAAAUUUAAAAAACCACAUGAGAACACACACUGGAGAGAAACCUUUUUCCUGUACAAUCUGCGGCGUGUGUUUUACACGGAGGGGAACUUUGAAAGCCCACUCAAGGACACACACUGGGGAAAAACCCUUUCCUUGUUCGGUGUGUGGGACAGGUUUUGUGCGGAAUCAAUCCCUGACAAAACACAUGAGAACACACACACUGGCGAGAAAGUGUUGAGUUGCAGUGUGCGUGAUAAAAUAUUUUAUUAUAAGUACGAGUGUAAGAAACAUGUGCUGGGAAGAUCAGUAGCAGCAAAUGAAGCUGCAGAAUUUUAAAUAUAAAGUGUACAUAUAACAUGUGUGACAUCAUUAUUG